GGUAGACGUUGAGAGAGAGGUCCUUUUGGCUUUUCGAACCGAGGAAGAUUGACGAGCGUUGAGAUGUGAGAGCCAAGGGGCCCCCAGGGGUUUCUCAAAAUUAGAAAAAACUAUAAAAAAAAAGAACUGGCGACGAACGGUGUUAAAAAACCGCUGGUGGCCAGAGUGCAACGGCAAAUGUGGCUCUGUGCACGGUGAGCCAGGGUAACAGGGGCCGCGGGGCCCGUGGUGGGGGUAGCCUGGGCCGUACACGGGGCCAGGCGAGCGUGCGGCUACCCCUGAGUCCGCGCACCCUGUGCGCACCAGGCCAAGUGGCGGGGCCUCAGGCGCCUGCUGGUGGGGCUGGUACUGGUGGCGCGGGUGGGGGCCAUGGGCAUCAAGGGACCCCCGUACACUCUCAAAAUCUCGAUGAUGCCGCUGAUGAGCCAAUGGUGCAUGUCGAGAGGCCGCAGCAGGAUGGCACGUGGAUAUGCUGUGUACCUUGCUACUGGCUCAGGCGGAGCAAAGCCGUUCACAAGGCACUUCUCACAUUUGCCAUGCUGCUUGUCACAAGCUUACUCGUAACAAGCCCCGUUCUGUUUCUUAUCACAACUCUGCCGGAUGGAGAUCAGCCGAGGGACUGCGCAGUGCUUGACGAGGCUUGCAUAAGGGAACGAGAUGGGCUCGAGGGUACAUGCGAGACAAAGGCUUGCUACGAGGCAUCAAAGCGUAUGUUAGCAUCGAUGAAUCGGGAUGUGGAUCCUUGCACCGAUUUUUAUCAAUUUUCCUGCGGCAGCUUUCGGGAUAGGGAGCCUCAUCAGCCGAGCUCCAGUUUUGGAAUGCUUCAGCGUCAAGUCGAUCGCCAGAUUCGAAAGUUGCUGACAAAUGUCACGGGCAAGAUGACCGGUCCAUUCGAAAAACUGGGACUAUUCUACACGACUUGUCAGCAGCACGGUGAUCUUGGGGUCGAUUUUUCACCAGUUUAUAAGUUGCUGCAGGAAUUGGGUGGAUACUUAUCACCAAGAGUAUCAGCACCAUCGGACAUAACUCCACUCGUCUCAACAUUAUUGCAGGUCAACGGAGCGCCGUUAUUCGAUCUUUAUCUGGAUGUUGAUCUUUACGAUCACUCGAGAACAUCUGUAUUUCUUGAUCUGCCCGCUAACAACCAUCCCGAGGGAUUUUUCACAGCAAAACAAGAGGACGGACCCAGAUGGCGUGAAGGCCUCAGUGGCUUACAAAUGAAGCGGAAGAAGCGCUCGAGCCCGGCUGAGAGUCGGGCGUAUACAUUGAUCAAGAAUGCACGGGAGGAGGAGCGUUGCCGUAGAAUUGAGAGAAUAAUCCGGAGUUUUUUGCCCAAGGACAUGGAAAACAGGGAACGAUCAUAUGAAACGUAUCUGCUGAUGCAGUUCUGCCUGGCACUCAGCAAGAUAUACCCAAGACAAAAAGAUCUCUACAACUGGGUGGACGUGGACCAGCGUGUCUACGUGCCUUACAAUCUCACGUAUCUCCAGGACAGUUUCGGUUAUAUAAGGUGGGGGACGCUGCUCAAUUCCACACUGAGUAACAACCCAAAUAUGAUGAAUUUGUACAAUCGUGGAUACAGCAAUGAUGAACGCCUGGUUUAUGUGUACGUAACAGCGCCGAGGUACUUCAGGAGUCUCGGUAAACUGCUCAAUCAAUUUUCAAAACGGAUCGUUCAUAAUGGCCUGCUGCUGCUGUAUGCUGUGGAUACACUCCACGACAUUGUCAAUGUAACAGCUAGCGAUAAUUGGAAUGUCUCCUGCAGCAAGUUGACGAGCAAUCUUUUCGCUGAGGCUGUUGGUGCUGUAUAUGUCCAACAGUACAAACCCCAUCACUUGGAGACACUCGCAAACAGGGUUGAGAAAUUGUUUGAGAGAAUAAAAGAGACACUUGCUGAAAGGAUCCUGGUGAUGUCAUGGCUGGACGAUGAGACCCGUGCACAGGCUCUACUAAAGCUCACCGAGUUACGGGGAAAGUUUCACGUUUGGCCUGGUUUUCAUAACGAUACACUUCUUGCUGGGGAAAUGGCCGGGGUUAUCAUUGAGCCCGACAAUUUCUUCAAGAGUGUCAUUGGGAGAUUUCGACAAAUACGAAGGCUCCAGGGACUAGUUUUACGGACUAGCAUUAAUGAUAGGUGGCGGCAUCCUUAUGCUGUUAACGCGUAUUAUGAAUCAUCUACUAAUUCAAUAGUAAUACCACUCGCAAUGAUGACUGCCUGGUCAUGGUCUUGGGAGGGUGGACCAGCCUACGCUGCCCACGCAACCCUGGGCUCUGUGAUUGCUCACGAGAUACUUCAUGCCUUUGAUCUGCAUCAUCGAAGAUUACCACUCGAUCCCGAUAUCGGUGUUGAGAAUUUUCUUUGGAUAACACCGGAAUCGUGGAAUCGUCUGGAAACGAAAAUACAGUGUGUUGGUAAACUCUACGCCAAGAGAUUUUGGAAGAAAGUUCAGUUUUACGGUGAUCCCGUGGAUGUUCAGUUUGAUUGGAAUGUCACGAGGAAUGAGAAUGUCGCUGACAUUGGUGCUCUACAAAUAUCCCAUCAGACGUGGUAUACACUAACUAACGGUAGAGACAGAACAUUGCCGAGUCUGGAGGGACUGCGUCCGAGCCAGCUAUUUUUCAUAAGCGCCGCCCAGACUUAUUGUUCUAACAUGACUGCCGAGGCCUACAUCCUCUCCGUCGAGCUCGACUAUCACACCCCUUAUCCAGAGAGGGUUAACGUCGUUAUGAUGAAUUCGCCGGCCUUCGCCGAGGCCUUCCGUUGUCCCGCUGGUGCACGAAUGAAUCCACCGAACAAGUGCAGCACGUGGUGAUUUAAAUUUCACUUGUACCCAACACGGGACCACUAUUAUUAUUGAUGAAAAAAAAUGGCUUAUCUCAAACGGUGGUUUGAUGGAUUGACCAUUUCCUGGAGUGUUGGCUCAAAUUCGCGACGCCUUUUUAUUAGAUGAUUCACGCCGCGUCCACGGUGAACAUUGAUUUAACUUCCAUUGGUGAUUCCAGGGGAAGGGCGAUCCGACUUUGAUCUGAGUCAGGAGAGGAGAGGAUCGUUGACGAAUAAUGGACGCGACGAUGGGUCGUUAGGACGAUAAGCUUGUUAUAGAAUUUUCAAAGUCUAAAGAAAUUGGUUGAGAAUAACUCAAGAUGGUCGAGCUCACUGUUAAAAAUAUAAUUAAAUUAAUGAACUAUUGUAAAACACAGACAUGUAUACAUACACACUAACAUAACACGUCAUUAACGUUUAAAUUCCCAGACGAGGCUUUAGAAAUUGAAGGUGAAACGUAAUCGAUCUUUCAUUAAUUGAAUUUAGAAAGCCAGAAUACAUGCCCAAAACGAAUGAACACUUGUUUUGAGACUUUCGCUGUCUUAUUUCAAGACUUGAAAUUUCAAAUCGAGUUUAUUUAUUUGGGUGCAGCUUUGGUUCAGUCACACGCCAGAAAAAAUUAGUCCUUUACCUGUGAUUCGAUAUUUAAGGAGAGGUUCAGCCCAGGAAAAAACAUUCGUUUUUCGAGAACAAAAAUUGAUAUUAUUUUCUGCGUGAUUUUUCUUCGGGAAUCUGAGUUUUUUUUUCAUUGAAAAAUCAACUUAACAAAAAUCCUCAACGGUUUUUUAAAAAUAUUUUUUUAAUAUUACAAAAUUUUUCGCUCUUUAAUUAUAAGAAAUGCCGGCGAAGAUACAUUUUGAAGUUUAUUCGCCCAUCAAAAUUUUUUUCUAAAAGUGAAGAAUUUUUUUUCCGGUAAUGGACCUCCCCUUAAUUUGCGAUGAUAGUAGCCAACGACGUGAGAGUAAAAAAUUGAAAUAAAAACCCGUACGAGCAAUUUAAAAUAAAAUCGAAUCAAACUAGAAUUAAGAAGAUUGAGUUAUAUCCUUAUUAAGGCAUCUUAUGGAGUCCCUGUCCCUCCGACGGAACGGCCGAUAAUGUUGUUUGUAGGAUUAAAGAAUGGAGAUGGGUUUAAAAUAUGUUGAACAAAAAAUGAUGAAAAUAUAUAUUAAAAUGCAAGAAUCGCAAACUGUGAUAGUCUUCGGCGUUGCGCUAUUCAAUUGAAAUUCUAUGUUCGUCAGAGAGCGGAGAAAAUUUUCUCUUCAUCAUUUACCGAAUUGGAAGUAUCUCGGAUUAAUUAAGAAUCAAUAAGUCACGAUUAUUUUGGAACACGAAAUUAUGGAGAAAUGGGUGUAAUUGCUGAUGACUCGUAUGGCUAAAUAAAUAUGGUUUAUAUA